AUGUUUUCCCGGACAGGAAACCCCGAGCUCCGGUUUCUGCGCACACGCAAUCGGUUCAAAGCUGAGCUACAGCUCGAGAUUGAUGCUAUUAUGAGUCUCAAGGGAAUUUCACCUCUCCGUCUGGCACUGGCAGUUGACAACCUCACCGACCUUAUUGACGAAGUACGUGUCGUUGAACGGGCUAGUGCCACUAUGUGUAGGGAGAUGCCGAGAUGCCGUACUGUGCUUUAUGGAAGUGGCUAUUACGGGCACAAUGGUGCAUUUUUAGAGAAGACCCACAACCUUCAGGACCAGUUGAUUAUGCUUAAGGAUAAUCUCAUGCGUCUACAUUCCGAUCGGUUUUGGAUUUCUCGCCAGAUCGAGGCUGUGGACGAAUACUCAGAUCUUUAG